UUUGUCUGUUGAACUAAACUACAUUUCCCAUAAUCCUUUAAACCUUUGCAUACUUCCGGUUUCAACAGGACGUCUGGAUAAAGUGGAAAACAUGAAGCGGGUUAAUCGUCGUGUCUGUGAGGAUGAGCCCACCCCUGAAGAACAGGAAACAGAGGGCCAGAGACAACUACACAAUCUUCUAAUACAGCAGCUGGACACAGAUGUAGAUUUUGACCGGUGUGUGGCUAAGAAGAAAUGCUUUGCUCCAGCGGCAGUAUACAAGCCCUUUGGGGAGCAGGCAUCUGGUGUGAGGAGUCUGUCACAGUUCCAAGCCCUGCAGGAUGGGGACCAGGAGCUGGCCGCUCUGAGAGAUCUGGGCCUUACUGAUGCUGAAAUAGAGCUGUGGAGAUCCAGAGACCUGCCAGAGAGCUUGUGGAAGGAUAGAGGGGUUUGUGCGGCACCAGAGGCGAGGAAUCAGCGUCUGCAGGCCAUUCGGAAUAAAAUGGCAGCACACGCAGAGCUGCUGUCCCAACCUCAGCGUUUCUCGAGUAGCCGGCCGCUGUCCCGCAGAGAGAUGGAGAUAGAGAAGGCUAUCUUCCACGGCAGUGACAGCUCCACCUUCCUCACUGCUCUUUACCAUCAAGAGGAAGAAUCACAGGUCAGCCAGCAGGUGGCGACAUCUACCAAUGCAAUGGACAUUUUCUGCAAAGACUUUCUUAAAGAUUAUAACAAAAACUCAGAGAGACCAAAACCGCGCACAGAACAAACAGAUCAGCCGUGCUCUGACACUGUACACUCACAAGCUCAUACCUUCAGUGAUUCAAGCCCAUGCAAAGAUGAACACACAUGCUCAGAAUCGGUACCCGUGUUGGAUACCGAUAACCAACCACAGUCACCAAGUGUGACAGUUAAAAAAAUGACUGUCAGCCAGUCCAUUGGGACAUUAAAUUCUACUUUUGUACAAGGGCAUGAUGGGCCGGUUACCAUUAGUGGAAGAAUAGAAGAAAUUUCAGAGGAAGAGAUCAAGAACAACCGGGAAACAGAAGAGGGUAUACGGAAUAUUCCACGUUUUAAGAACUACCAGAAGGGAGCGCCAUCCAAUGUGCUGUGUGUGAAGAACAUGAGUCCACGGGCAUCUUUGGCUCAGCUGGUUUCUCUCUUCUCGAGGUUUCAGAAAGAUGACACACGGCCUAUUCUGUACCGCCUACUGACUGGCCGACUCAAGGGACAAGCGUUCGUUACGUUCUCUGAUGUGGAAAGUGCCCAAGCAGCUCUUGAGCUGUUAAUUGGAUACAGGAUGUUUGAUAAACCUCUGAUCAUUGAGUUUGGAAGGAAGAAAAGUGAAGAGGCCGAUGCAAAGACUGAUGGAUCUUCUGUAGAUCCCAAUAACACUUUAGGACAAAAGGACACACAAUCUUUAAAUGAGGAAACCAUAUAAAAAUACAUUGUAUAAACUAUUUAUUUGUAAAUAAUAACAUUGUGAAUCUCUGACUGUUUGCAUAAAAGAACCACUCAAAAGACAGUUGUAAUGCUUCUCUGGACCACAAGGUGACACUCAUUCCCCAUUAUUCAAUUUAUUUGUAGGCUCAACACAAAGAGCCGUGAAAUAAAAAAAGUAUUUUAAAGCAUUAACUCUGUCUUCCAGUUUUGAGGUCUUGUAAAUAGAAGCAAAAUUUGGCAUGUGACUUGUCCAGCACUGUGCUAUGGACACAAAUGUUGCAAGGUUAUUUUAGUUUACUCAAAUUAAAACUUUGAAAACGUCUCUGUUCAUUGAAAUCAA